CUCCGAGGUGGUCAUAGGAGGAAAGGGUGAACAGUGGGAUGUGGGCUGGCUUCGUCUCAGCCCUCGGGGGCUGGGGUUAAGGCGUUUGACAAGCUGCCAGGGUAGGCUUGGCGCCUUCUCCCUCCUGGUCAGACACUUCCACUUUCAGUUGUAAACGAAAAACCAGGAAGUGGAGUCCCCGAGCACGUUCAGGAGCCCGGCCAUGGCCUAACGUGGGGCCGGCAGACAGGGCAGAACUGGGGCACUCUGAGCCGGGCCAUCUGUCUGCAUGGAUGCUCUGAGGCCACUCAGUCCCUGGAGGUCACAGGGGUGAGGGAAGAAGAACAGGGACUCACGUGCCAGAAGAACUUGGAUCAGGAAGCUCCAUCGCUGGAAACACUGAGGGAUGCGACUCCCCUCCCAGGGCCUGCAUUUCCUGCUGCUAUUCACAAAGAUGCUUUUUAUCUUUAACUUCUUGUUUUCCCCACUUCCAACCCCGGCACUGAUCUGCCUCCUGACCUUUGGAGUCGCCAUCUUCCUGUGGCUCAUCAACAGACCUCACCCAGUUCUGCCUGCAGUUGAUCUGAACCACCAGUCCGUGGGAAUCGAGGGAGGAGCACGGAAGAAUGCUCGCCAGAAGAGCAAUGAACUGCUAAGCUACUACUUCUCAGAUGCCAAGACGAUGUAUGAAGUUUUUAAAAGAGGACUUGCUGUGUCUGACAAUGGGCCUUGCUUGGGAUACAGAAAACCAAACCAGCCCUACAGAUGGCUGUCCUACAAGCAGGUGUCUGAUCGAGCAGAGUACCUGGGAUCCUGCCUCUUAUAUAAAGGAUAUAAGCCAUCACAAGACCAGUUUGUUGGCAUCUUUGCUCAGAACAGGCCAGAGUGGAUCAUCUCUGAGUUAGCAUGUUACACGUACUCCAUGGUAGCCGUGCCCCUGUAUGAUACCUUGGGAGCAGAAGCCGUCAUAUACAUUAUCAACAAGGCUGAUAUUGCCAUGGUGAUCUGUGAUACACCCCAAAAGGCAUCAGUCCUGUUAGAAAACGUGGAGAAGGGCCUCACUCCAGGCCUGAAACUGAUCAUCCUCAUGAAUCCCUUCGAGGAUGACCUGAAGCAAAGAGGGGAGAAGAUCGGAGUUGAGCUCUUAACCUUCUGGGAUGCUGAGAAUAUAGGCAAAGAGAAUUUCAGAAAACCCGUGCCUCCUGAACCAGAAAACCUGGGCAUCGUCUGCUUUACCAGUGGGACCACAGGUGACCCCAAAGGAGCCAUGCUAACCCAUCAAAAUGUUGUUUCAAAUGCUUCAGCUUUCCUCAAAUGUGUGGAGGAAACCUUUGCACCCACCCCCGAGGAUGUGAGCAUAUCCUACCUCCCCUUGGCUCACAUGUUUGAGAGGGUUGUACAGAUUGUUGUGUACUCCUGUGGAGCCAGAGUUGGGUUCUUCCAGGGAGACAUUCGGUUGCUGCCGGAUGACAUGAAGACGCUAAAGCCCACAUUGUUUCCUGUGGUGCCUCGGCUCCUCAACAGGAUCUACGAUAAGGUUCAAAAUUCAGCCAAGACGCCCUUGAAGAAGUUCAUGUUGAAAAUGGCUAUUUCCAGUAAAUUCGGUGAGGUGAAAAGGGGUAUCAUCAGACGUGACAGUUUGUGGGACAAGCUCAUCUUUGGAAAGAUCCAGGACAGCCUGGGCGGGAAGGUGCGCAUCAUGGUCACUGGCGCUGCCCCCAUCUCCUCUCCUGUCUUGGAGUUCCUCCGAGCGGCAAUGGGAUGUCCGGUGUUUGAAGCUUAUGGUCAAACAGAAUGCACUGCUGGCUGUACAUUUACAUUACCCGGGGACUGGAAACCAGGCCAUGUCGGAGUUCCCCUGGCUUGCAAUCAUGUGAAGCUGGAAGAUGUGCCAGACAUGAACUACUUUUCAGUGAACGGUGAAGGAGAGAUCUGCAUCAAAGGCAUCAACGUGUUCAAAGGAUACCUGAAGGACCCCGAGAAGACAGCGGAAGCCCUGGACAAAGAUGGCUGGCUUCACACAGGAGAUAUUGGUCGCUGGCUCCCGAAUGGAACUCUGAAGAUCACUGACCGUAAAAAGAACAUUUUCAAGCUGGCUCAAGGAGAAUACAUCGCCCCCGAGAAGAUAGAAAACGUGUACAGCAGGAGUGGACCAGUGCAGCAAAUUUUUGUGCAUGGGGAGAGCUUACGGUCAUCCUUAGUAGCAGUGGUGGUUCCUGACUCAGAAGUGCUCCCCACAUUUGCAGCCAAACUUGGGGUUAAGGGCUCCUUUGAAGAACUGUGCCAAAACCAAGUUGUAAAGGAAGCCAUUUUAGAAGACUUGCAGAAAAUUGGGAAAGAAGGUGGCCUCAAGUCCUUUGAACAGGUCAAAAGCAUCUAUCUUCACCCAGAGCCCUUUUCCAUUGAAAACGGGCUCUUGACGCCAACAUUGAAAGCAAAGCGUGGAGAGCUUUCCAAGUACUUUCAGACGGAAAUCAACAGCCUGUAUGAGAGCAUGCAGGAAUAGGUUAAGUUUGCUGCUGAGCUGGAAGCUGAGGGGGAAGGAGCUGGAACAAUGUCAAGUGCACUUUCCAGUGGACGAAGUAGACCACCGAGUAAAACCCUCCUGAACUGGGAACACAGACCGGCCUGCGCAGCAGGCUUCUCCUCUGAGAGGAGACCCACUGGCCUCUUCCCCCGGGAACUCCAGCUCCUGCUCUGGUUCACCCCCAGAAUGCGUUGCUUCCACUUGUAAAGUCUUUAAAGUAAUAAACUAUUGUGGAUACUUA